AUGGAUCCUCUUUCGGUCACAGCAUCAAUUGUCGGUCUGCUUGCUGCUGGCGCAAAGAUCGUCAGGUUCCUAGAAGACUUGGAUGAUGUUGAGGAACUCACGCAAACCAUCGCGAAUGAGGUUACUCUCUUCCGGAUGAUAAUGCUUCGUCUACAAAACUUCAUCCUCCAUUCGUCGACACGCGACCUUCCCCAUGCCUCAAUGAUAGACCUUGACCAAGUUACUACCAUCCUGAUUAGCUCCGUGAUGACUUUCUCGGAGCUCGAGAGAGAGCUCGAUCGAUUCGCAAGCUCGCCCAAAUAUACCACCUUGAGAUGGGUGAUGUCACGGUCAACAAAAUCGAAUCUACGCGCGCUACUGAAGCAGCUUAAAGGUCAGGAGUCAUGCCUUAGCAUGAUGCUUGUUAUGUUUACAUGCGACUUGCAAUCACAGGCAGUUGAAAAUAUGAGAAAGCUGCAAAGAACUACAGAAGAGCUAUAUACAACCAACAUAAAGAUGCUCCAAAGACUACAGAAAGUGGCCUCGAGCUCUAACCAGCUAUCCUUUUCAGACACGGCUAGCGUAACCGGGAGUGUUCGGAGUGUGAUGGCAUACCUCAAGGAUGGUCUAUACUCUCUGGCAUCAGUCUCUCUGAGCUCCCGUCGGUACACCACACUCGCCCCUCCAUCUCCUCUCCAACGUCUCUCUGCGUAUCGUAAUAGGGAUGGACAAAACGAGAGAUACCAAUUUUUAAAGGAAACGAUUCUUGAAGCUGUCGUUAAUGGCCCUUUUGACGCUGACAAAACACUGGAUGGACAAGUGGACAUGAAGACCUUGGAUGCCGUUUUAGCGAUGUUUCAUGAUUCCCGCUCACAAGACCAUGUGGUGGAGUCACUGUUCGAUAUGAAUGCGGACGGCGAAGUCUCAGACACUUUCUCAAAGUUCUCGUCAUACGUUGCUUGCAUUGAGGGGUGGAACGAUAUUGUGAAACUGCUUCUGGACAACGGGGCCAAUAUCGAGUCGAAGGACCUCCACGGCUGGACCCCACUUAUGCACACAGUAGUAGCGGGUCGAACGCGCACCUUGCACCUGCUCCUAGACCGUGGAGCAGACAUAAAAUCCUUGGACAAAUCAGGGCGAUCAGCACUUCAGCUCGCUGCGGAGACCCAUCAUUCAGACAUAGUCAAGGUCCUACUGGAACGCGGCGCGAUUGUUGACGAAAAAGAUCUCUCCGGACGAACAGCACUUCUCCGAGCUGCAGAGUGUGGUAGUCCCCAUGUCGUCAAACUCCUAUUAGAACGGGGCGCAAGCGUUGAACAAAAGGACCUCGCGGGACGAUCAGCACUCCAUAUUUGCGCAAUUGCCCGUGUGGUGUCCACUGACGUUGUCAGGCUGCUCAUGGAAUACGGGGCCGUAAUCGACUCAAGAGACAGCGAAGGACGGACGCCACCGAUGCUUGCCAUGCAGUCAAAUGUGUUAUGGAUGUACGAGAAGUUGACAUUCAUUGAUGGUGCGGACGUUAACGCAAGGGAUGAUCAGGGAAAUACGGCUCUCCAUCUUCUGCUUAGUUCUGGAGUGGAACGGGAGUGCAAAGAAUUGAUCGAUGCACUGAUAUCCUUCGGUGCUGAGACGACUUGGGAGAACGAUGAAGGUAAAACGGCAAUACAGCUAACCGCUGAAAGAGGUUUCAUAUUGGAUUCGAAUAAGCUCAGGCACAAAAUUUCAAGGAUUCCGGCGGAGAGUAUUAGCGAAUUGUGA